AUGCUUAAACAACGCCAAUUGCUGAGACAGCUACCCCAUAUAAGGUCAUUGAAUUUUAGUCAAAGACAUUACUCCACUGAAAUCUCAGUGAGAGAAAAGCUGCUAAAGUUGAAGGAAUCCAAAGAUAUCCCACCAUCAGUUUAUUCAAACUUAUUGAAUCAUAAUGAUAUAAUCACAGGUAAAGAAGUUGAAAUUGUGGAUGAAAUCAUUGAUUUAGCCAAAAAUGACUCAAACGUCACAAAUGAGAGCCGUGUUCAACUCCAUAACUUUGUUUUGAAAAACUUGGUCAAGUAUGAUUAUAGUUUAUCGGUUGUUCAUCAAAGUGAAUUAUCUGACUUGAAAGGUGUUGUAGAUCUUGAUUCUAUGGUGGAGAUCAUUAAAUAUAACCCAGGUAGAGUGAAGUCGUCUUGGGAGUUGUUUGAAACCACUAUGAGCACCAUAGAGCCAGAUAGCUCUGAGGAGUACCAAGAACUGUUGAGUACAGUGCUGUCAAAACUGGUACAUGGUGAUGCCAGUGAACAAGAGGAUGGUUAUAUCAUGAAUGAAUCCGCAUUAUUAAGAAGCGUGUUUUUGUUGAAAUGCUUGAAAGCUCCUUCACAGGACUUGCUCGAAAAAGUUUUAGCAAGAGCUCUUGAAACUGACAAUUAUCAGCUCAUCCAAUUGAUUGGAUUACAGUCUUUUGAGCAAAUCAAAAACUUGGAACCAAAUACCAACCAGUUUGUUCAAUUGUGGAGUAUUUGGAACCCAAGCCCUUCAUCACUAUCAAAAGAAGAAAUAGAGAAUAAUCUUGACUUGUGGAAAAAAUUGCUUUGGAGAACAAGUGAAAAGAAAGAAUCAACAUCCCCAAAAGACAAUUCCUCACAUCAAGAAUCAUUUUCUUACUUGAAGCAACUCCAAGAACAAUUUCCAAAGUUACAAGUUGACUUGACUGUUCCGAAAAAGACAGAUCAAGAUUCAACUUUCCAAUCUCUUGCUAAUAUUUUAGAAGAAUCAGGAAUUUUCAAAAACCCUGAACCAAAAUACACUCCAUUAAGAGUAACUUUACUUAAAUCAUAUGGUAUGAGUAAAGAUGGUAUCAAAACUGCUUUUCAAUUAUAUCAUGAUUUCAUUUCACUUGACAAACAAAAUGUUGAUUUGUACAUGACCACAAUGGCCACAAGUUCCUUUUAUUUGGCUGUGAAGAACAACGAUUCAAGACAUUUAAUGAUAGGAGAAGCAUUAAUUCCACAACCUAUCCCAUAUAAGGCAUUGCAAGCACAGAUAUUAGGCCAUUCUUCUUUUGAUAUUCAAAAAUCUUUGAACUUGUUUAAUGACCAUAUUAAAGAUGUUUCAAAAAAAGUCAAUGAACUUGGUAUAUCACCUGCAACUUCUCUAAUAGAAAGUCUUAUAACAUCAUACCUGUCUAAAAAGGAUCUUCAAUUUGCACAUUUGAUUCAUGAUGGAGCCAUUAUGAACAAUAUUAUAACAACCGAAACUGCUAAAAACAGAAUGAAGGCUAUCUUUAAAAGAUAUGGAGAAAUAAAUGGUGAAGAGGAUAAUGACAAGAUGGCUGUGAUGUUGAAAGAUCAAGUAUUGGAAUCACUUCGUGAACUAUGAUUUGAAUGGGAUGAAUGGGA